AUGAUUUCUUUCAAAGAAUCUAUUGAAGAUCAAAAAGAAAAUAUCGAACCAUUACGACAAGGACGGUCUGUAAAAAGUUUGGCAAAAGCUUUUUCAGAAGAUCCAUGCUCAUUGAAGAUAAAAAAUGAUCAAGAAAGACGUGUUUUUGAGUCUGAAAUUGAAAAUUUAGAUGAUCAUGAUGAUCCUUUGGAUGUCUGGAUCAAAUAUAUUAAGUGGACAAAUGAAACUUAUCCUCAUGGUCAAAGUGCAGAAAGCGGACUUGUUUCAUUGCUAGAGAGGUGUAUUCGUUGUUUUGUAAAUGUUUCUUAUUAUAAAGAGGAUCCUCGAUAUCUAAAAGUAUGGAUCCAAUAUAUGAAAUACAUAGAUGAUCCUCGAGAAUUGUUUUGCUUUUUAGCUUAUAAUAAUAUCGGGCAAUCAUUAAGUACAUUUUAUGAAGAGUAUGCAAAUUUUCUUGAGGAAAAUGGAAGAAAAUUUCAAGCAAAUGAAAUAUAUCAACUUGGAAUUGAAAGGAAAGCACGUCCAUUUGAUCGUUUGCAACGAAGAUACAACGAGUUCUUAAAAAGGUCUGUUGAAAAUCCUUCUAUUAAUGGACCAAGUUCUCCCGCUUUAGCACCUAUCCGUUCAGCCCUAUCUACAAAAUUCUUAUCUAGUCUUAAUGAUUCAGGUAAUUUAGUACAAUUAAAUAAUACAAAAAAACCAUCUGGGAUGUCGCGUAUAAAUGUAUAUGUUGAUUCUGAAAAUGACGAAAGAUUUACUAAAAGUUUCAAAACUAGUAAAUGGGAUAAUAUUGGAACUAUACAAGAAAGAAGAAAAGAAAAUUAUCAAGAAGCUAAACAAUGGGUUGGAGAAAAACUUCCUAUGAAAAAACAAAAUCAACAAUUUUUGUUUACAGAAAAAUUUACUGUUUUUCGUGAUGAAGAAAAUAAAACAUUUAAAGAAUCAUUAAAUCUGUUUGAAAAUCCGCCUAUGCCUAAGAAAGAAGAAAAAAUUGUAGUUAAUUUAGAAGCAAUAUAUUGUAAAAAUGGAGAAGAAUUUUCGCUAGAUGAAUUGAAAGCUAAAGCGAUGGGUUUACUGGGAAAAACCUGGGAAGAUAAUGCGGCAGAUAGUGCAAUGGUUCCAUUAUGUUUUGAAAGUAAAACAGUAUUAAAAGAUUCGUCUCAAGCAUUUGACCUCUCUAAAAAACAAGCAUCACCUACUAUCAAUACAAAGGCAGCCUUGGCCGAUAUUUUUGACAUUUUUAAUCAACCUUUAAAAUGCGAACAAUCUGAUAGUAGUUCAGAUGAAAAUAAUAAUGAGAUUGGAUAUGAAGAUAAUUCAGUACAAAAACACAUGGAAAAUGUGUCACAAUCCCAAGAUUUGUUAGAUGAUGAAUUCCAUCCAAAUAGUUUUAAUGAAGAAAAUAAAGAUAUUAAUUACAAAGAUCAAAGUGAAAGCAUAAAAACUUUAAGAGAAAACGAUAAAAAUGAAACAAUUCAGACUUAUAAUAGUUUUACUACACCAAGUCGUGAAAACGUAUCUUCAUUUCCGCUAGAUAAGCAUAGCUCAUCUAUUAAUAUAACGACACCUAUAGUUGAAGAUACUGAGCAACUUUUAUUAUUGAGUCAUUUAAAACCUGAAAAAAAAGAAAAAAUGCAAUUUAAUGAAGAAAGUGAUCUAAUAAGUACUCCUUAUUUAAAUUUAGAAAAAAAAAAACCAACACAUUCUACGUCAUUUAAACACCAAUCUUUAUCGAAUUGCUAUGUUAUAAAAGAACCUAUUUGUAAUCCGUUCGAGGAUAACAUUCAAAAAACUAUAUUAUCAAAUUUAAAUCCCUCAAAUUUUUAUGGCGGUUUUUAUAAUUUUUCAGAUAAAAUAUAUGGGAAAUUGGAUCUUGAACGUUUUAAUAAGCCAUCAUUUAAAAAGUCUUCACACAAUAAUCAAGAUUUAUUAGUGAAAUUAACUGAAAAUACUAGUUAUCUCAUAAAAAAAAAGCUUGGAGAAGGUGCAUUUGCAUUUAUAUAUUUAGCCGAAACUAAAAAUUCUUCAAAUUCUACGCCGCAACUAAGAGCUAUUAAGAUCGAGCGUUCUUCUAUACCUUGGGAAUUUUACAUAAUACGACAGGUAAAGCAUCGUCUUAAUUUACAUCGUGCAUUAGAGUCUAUUAUUGAUGUAUAUGAAAUGUAUAUUUAUCGUGAUGUUGGUUUUUUAAUAAUGAGAUACCGGGAUCAAGGAACGAUUCUUGAUUUAGUUAACAUGUUUAAAGCAGAAACAGGUAAUGGUGUAGAUGAGGUUCUUGCUAUAUUUUUUACUAUAGAGCUUUUAAGAACAUUGGAACAGUUGCAUAAUAAACAUAUUCUUCAUGGAGAUUUAAAACCAGAUAAUUGUCUUGUUCGCUUUGAUCCUGUUGAAACAGAGUGGCUUUCUAAAUAUCAAAAAGAUGGAUCAGGCGGUUGGGCAUCUAAAGGAAUUGUAAUUAUAGAUUUUGGGAGAGGAAUAGACUUAAAAAUGUUUUCUCCUCAUGUGCAAUUUGUAGUAGAUACACAAACAGACGAACAAGAUUGUGCAGAAAUGCGAGAAGCAAGACCAUGGACUUAUCAGAUCGAUUACCAUGGAUUAGCUACUAUAAUUCAUACUCUUCUUUUUGGUAAACAUAUUGAAACAAUUCCAGAAAAAACAUUAGGACUAGGUGCAGUGCGUAAAAAAUAUCGUUUAGCUAGUGGAUUUAAAAGAUAUUGGCAACAAGAUCUUUGGAAAAAAUUAUUUGAUUUGCUAUUGAAUCCAAUAGCUAAUGCUGGUGAAAAAGGUCUUCCUAUUACUGAAAAUCUUAAACAAGUACGUGAAGAAAUGGAAAUUUGGCUUGUAGAAAAUUGCGAAAAGGGAAUUGGUCUUAAAGGAAUUAUAUGGAAAAUUGAAACUUUAUUGCAAGAACGAAAAUAA